UUUGCACCUUCAGGUCCUGGAAUCUUGACCCGGACUCUGCUCAAUGCAGGUCUUAGAGUGGUGGCUCUAGAAAAUAACUCAGCUUUUCUUCCAAACUUACAGUCCCUAGAGAACAGCCUGGAUGGACAAUUAAAAGUAAUUUACGGUGACUUCUUCAGACUGGAUCCUUUGGUGACUGGAACGUUGAAACCACCUGCUAUGUGUUCUGACAAACUUUUUGAAACCAUGGGUGUAGCACCAGUUCCUUGGGGGGCAGAUGUACCUCUGAGAGUUUUUGGAAUCUUACCACAAAAAAAGGAAAGGAACAUGCUUUGGAAGUUUAUUUUUGCCCUGUAUGAAUGCAGUUCCAUAUACAGGUGGGGAAGAGUAGAACUCAACAUCUUCCUAAGUGAAAAACAGUACAAGGUAUUAACAGCAAAGCCUGGGGAAACGAGGGCUUACCAAGCACUUACUGUACUUUGGCAAGUAGGAUGUGAAAUUCAGCUCCUGCACAUG